AUGAUAGGCCCGGCCGGCAAAACCCCACGGCACCAGCUAAUGGAACACGAGCGGUGCCUGUGCCUCGAGGCACUGCUGAGUGACCGCCACGAACGCCGCGUCCGUCGUGCGCAGCAGAAGGCGGGUGAUGAAGCUGCGGGGGCAGCGAGGACUGCGAAGCGUACGACAGCGGCGAUGGAGGUCGCCGAGUCCAACGGCGAUGCCCCUGCGCAGCCAAGAGCCGAGGAUAAGGAGGAGGCGAGCGCUACGGCUGCUGAGGCCAAGGAGACGACGGGUAAGAAGGCAACGAAGGCCAAGGGCGCAGCAGCCGAGACCAAAGAGACUGCGACGAAGAAGAAGGCAGCGGCGCAAGAAGAAGGAGGCGGCUAA